AUGCCAAAAUCAAAACUUAAAAAUGCUGCAAAAGAAUAUAUACUUACACAAAGUAGAAAUAGUGAUGAAAAAUUUUCAAAAUCUACUGUUACUGAAAAUAGUGAUCCAGAAUAUAGUGAUCAAAAAUAUAGUGAUCCAGAACUUUUAGUUUUUGAAUCUGAGAACAGUAAUAAGGAGAAAUUUAAUAAUAAAAAAACAGAACUUAAUAAGGAGGCUAGACAAUUAAUUUAUAAAAAUAACUUACAGAAGGCAGCACAAGGAUCAAUGAGUUUGGAUAAUUUUUUUAAACUGAUAAAAAAGCUAAAAAUUGAAUAUGAGAUGUUAGACUCAGAUAUAAGCGAUUUAGAUAUAAAAAAUGACAGUUCUAGUUUAAAACAAUUGUAUAAAUUAAAUAAUAAACUUAAAGAUAUAAAAAAUAUAAAUGCUUAUGAAUAUCUUUGUCUUUUGACUGUGCAUAAAUACCUUACUGCAAUCUUUAAUAAUUAUGAAGAAUUUCAAUCAUAUAUAAAAUUAAGUUUUGAAAUAUCACAACAAGUUUUUCAACAUGGUUUAUGA